AUGGAGGGACCCAGCUCCACUCCCACACGGUCUGAGCAGGGACCCAUCUCCCACCCCUGGGGGGCAGGGCCAGGACACUCCUUCCCCCCCACCUCCAUGGGAGCAGGGGGGUUUUUGUUGUUGGGGUUUUUUUGUGUUUUUGUUUUUUUUCUUUUCUUCUUCUUUACACCGCAAAAGGAGCAAAGCCAGGCAGGCUUAUCUCAGUUCAACCCGCCCCCCCCCCACUCUUUUUCUGCGGUAAGGCACAAACUGCUAAGCCCCGCAGAGGUGCUUGCCGAGCCACUAAAAACUUGUGGCCGAGCUGUGGGGGAGUGGGGGAACACCGCUCACCGGCGCCACGAUCCGGCCUGCGUGGGGAAGAAACGCUGCCACCCGUCCCCUGCGCUACGGCUCGCCACUCCUACGACCAGGGGCUGCUUCCCGCCACAGCUGCCGGCUCCGCGCCUGCUGCCGCCCAGGCUCUGUGCCUGCCGCUGCUGUUUGUGGGGGGGCUCUUCCCCCCUUUUGUUUGCCACUGCAGGCCACACUCGGCCCCGGCCCCACCGCCCUGCCCGAACCCACCGUGUCUCACGGGACCAAAAUGCACUGCGCUUCCUGCCUCCACACUGGGACGGAAACGGGAUUAGUGGCAGCGGCAGCCGGCGGUGGCGGGGUGGGGCGCACAGCUCGGCGCGUUUUGCGGCCGCCGAUUCGAAACCCACGGCGUUACUUACUCGUUUACGGUGCAAGAAAAUCUCCUCUGCUCUCGAUCCGACCUUCUGUCAAUUCCAAAGGCUAUCGGGUCCUUCCUGGAGACCACAGCCGCCGAAAACAGCAUGUGUCUCCCAAGGCUUGCUCAUACGCCUGUCCAACACGACCAUGAUUGUUUCAGGGAUGAAGCAUCUACCAUUUCUCCGGGACACCACUUCCAGAGUUUCAUUGUCUUCAUGGUACGAGUACCUGGAGAUCAAGACUUUGCAAAACCCAUUAAAUCAGUGCAACCCGUUCUGCAAGGCUGCUACUCUGGAAAAUCCUGCUGAUCUAGCAAGAUUUUGGUUGUGCAAUGCAACAAGUGACAACUGUUCGCCAACAGACUCCUCUGAGCAGGCUGAUAAUGGUCAUGCUCUACUCCUCCUCAUGUUACCAGGAAUCACCAUGGAUAUAGGAACUGAUUUCCACCAGUCCCUGUCCUGCCAUGGCCAUGUGAUAAGAAACUGAACAUUAAUCAUGCAAAGGUUUAUGUCAAUUCAUAGAAAAGGACUGAUAUUGUCACUGAAUCAUAGAAUCAUUUGGGUUGUCAUGUGAUGAAACAUGCAAGCAAUCCCUGUAUUAUUAUCAGAUGUUCUCCUGUAUGAAUUCAAAUAUAUCGUAUUUUUCUGUCAUGUU